UCUGAAGUGAUGGUGCGGUCUGCGUUUUACACAGUCUCAUGCUUGGUUAAUCUUCGACUGUUCUGGCUGAUUUGAUAGGAUUACAAUGCAGUCUAUGUAGCCUAUUCAAAAGUUAACAACACGCGAGCUCAAUUAAGACCGGAACAUGUCUUUGGCAAAAAACAAUCGAUAUUCGGAAGAAAGGUCCAAAUGUGUUGCUAGACUCUGGAAAGUGUUUCCUCAUGCUUUUCUCAUAGUUUCACUAAUUGGAUAUGCCGCAUUGGGCGCCAUAUUAUUCAUGUAUGUCGAGGGGAACAGUACGCCCACAGGAGAAGAAGAUUAUCAUAAUUUUUUAUGUGACAUAGUAAGGUUGAACCGGUCAGAUAAUUCGUCUUGUACCAAAGAAGAAGUGGAAACAGUAGAGAUGAAAAUCAGAAAUGAUUUUAAGUCUACUUGGCUUCAGCAUCCCAACAGAUGGACAUUUUUUGGAUCCUUGUUCUUCUGUUGCACUGUUUUUACAACUGUUGGUUAUGGAGAGAUUUUUCCAGUGACAUUGGCUGGGAAAAUGGUAUGCAUCCUGUAUGCCAUGCUGGGAAUUCCCCUCAUGCUGCUGGUCAUCUCGGAUGUAGGGGACAUUCUCGCCGUGCUUUUAUACGAAGGAUAUCUCCGCCUGCACCGCCUCUGCAAGCUUCUCCUCUACCGCACCUGGUCCCCAAGGCAGGCCCAGGGGACAUCUGGGGACAUUCAUAUGCAGGAUGGUACCUACAUCUUCAACCAGGAGGUGGUGGUCCACGAGCCCAUGGACAUCCGGCACGUUCUUCACACCCAGGCUGAUGUCAAGCGCAAGUCGAUCCAGCUGCGAGACAACACUGAGAUAUUCAAGCGCAUCAUCGCCAGGGACAAUCUAUCCAGAAAGGGAGCACUGAUGCGCAGCAUGUCUUGCCCCGAGUUGAACCGCAUGUCUCCUCUGCCCAAGGGCUUUGCCAUCUGGGAUUUCACAGGAAUAGGGGAGAGCAUGGAACAUUUAGAUGUGCCUCUGGUCCUGAUCCUCAUUGUUGUGUUCACCUACAUUCUGUUCGGAGGCCUCAUCUUGCCCAGGUGGGAAACACAGAUAGGUCGGUUCGAUGCCUUUUACUUCUGCUUCAUUACGCUCACCACCAUUGGAUUUGGUGACAUUGUGCCCAGCCACCCCAAGUACUUUAUGCUCACCUCCUUCUUCAUCAUUGCUGGAAUGGCUAUAAUGUCCAUGGCCUUCAAGCUGAGCCAGUUGCGUGUCAUUAGCUGCUAUCGCCAAUGCAUGCAACGUAUCACAGGGGGAAAUGUGGAGAGCAAUGAGGAAGAGGAAAGUGAAUGAGCAGUAGAGGUCUCAACAUGGCCUGGGUGGCUUUGAAGUUCAAGGGCUUCCCCAAUUUGGGUUCAAGAUUGGUGUCAAAGGUUGACUGACUUGGGAUAUGGGAAGCUUGGGGUGAAUCUAGAUUAGAUGUUUGAGCCUUCCUCAGUAGCAUGAGAAAUUGUACACGUGUCUGUGGCUUUACGGACUCUUUGAAUGGGGGUUCUAUCGCUCUUUUUUUCCUGUAUGUUCAAUCAAUGGCUUAAAAGCUGAGUUCAUGUUGACCUACUUGAUACUUGUAGUUUUGGCUGCAAUAGUCAAUGUAAGUUGGUUGGUUGGUUGGUUGAAAAUAACAUUCUUGUUGGACCUUUCCAUUUUCUUUUGAGUUUCCAGGUGUUCGAAUCUUCCUAGAGCUUAUUGUUUGCUGUGCCUCACUUAUCUGGUUACUCAACCAACCAACCCUAACAAUAAUAAUGUUGACUUUUUUUGUCUACAAUUAAUUUAUUCUACUAAAUUGUUCCUCUAGGAUUGAUCAUUCUAAUAUUACAUCUAAACAUCUAUAGCUUUGUGCCAACAAUUGUGUUGUCACCUGAACUUAUAGCUUAUAUGCUCUUGCUUGCAGUUUGUUGCUUUCACAAUGCCAUCAAAUGUAUGUGUGGCUUGUGAAUAUUUAAUUAAGAAGAACCUGAUGCCAUAAUUUAUAUCCUCACAUAUAGACAUAUUGCACUUACUAGAACAACUAUAUGUUUGUGUCAGCCAUUGAUGUCUUUUCCAAAGCCUGUGGCUCAGUAUAAAGCUUUAACUGAUACCCAACUGAUCCUCUCUAUCCCUUAAUUGCUAAGAUGGAUGAAGAAUAAAAAGAUUAAAGAAAA